AUGAAAUUAGAAAGAGUAAUCACAUUCGUCUUUUUUGCUUUGAUUGCAUACGAUAUUUUUAGAGCUCAACCAAAGCCUUAAUCACAGGCUCAAGAAUAAUAAUAAGAUAACUAAUCUGAAUAAGGAUAAACAAAUUAAGACAAGGAUUAUUAAAAAGAAAGAACAUUUUAAGAAGAUAUUGAUUUAGAGAAUGCUGAAUACAUUGAAUCAACACUACCAAUAAAUGUAGAAAUAUUUUAUUGUAAUCGUACUGGAUUACAUACACAAUAUUUGGAAUUGGAAAGAAAUAUCUAUCUCACAUUCCCAAAAAAUAAAAAUUUAAUUGUAAACCCGGGAGAAUAUCCAGUGCCAGAAAUGAAUUCACAGUUAUCAAAGUUUGUUAAUUAUGGUCAAUAUGGUUUGAUGGCAGCUAUGUUUUUCCAUAAAUAAUUAUUUGCUAUGCUAUCCAUGCCUGUGCCUGGAAUUGUUGAGAAGAUAGUGGAAAAGAAGAUAUUCGUGUUGAUAGGAGCUAUUUUCCUGGUGCAAUAAUUGCAAAACUCAUUGCUCACAACAGGUAAAAUGAUGGUGUAUGUGGAUUCAAAAUUAAUUUUGGAUUAAGCAGCCCCAAUCUAAGCAGAUAAAGUGUUUUAAUUAAUAAAAACUGAGUUAUUAUAAUUAUAAUGAAACCAAUAUUUCGUGGA